ACCACUGGGCAGUCGCCCACACUCUCUUCUCUCUCCUACACGUAUACUGCGUGCAAGGCGCUCUCGCCCGCGCAACCGGUCGCUCGCUACCAUGGCUCCUUUGUCAUACUAUAUCUCCUUUUUCCUACAUUUUAUCGGCACGGCUACACCACCAAAAACCAUCGGUCCAACCACGGAAAAACGAAACAAAACAGCGGCAAAGGAAAGACGAAGGAAGCUAGCAGCAAAAGCUCUCGCGGUCGAAAAGUGGCGGCGGCGGCGCGCUGAUCCUGGCUUUCGAUGCCUUUCUCUCUCCCUGCGCUCCCGGUCUCUCGGUCCUCUCUCCUCUCUCUCGUCCUCGGUCACCUUCUUCCUCCUCGGAGUAUCCCACUCGACUCAACCUCUUCCUUUUUUGGCCUUCCGUCUUCCUUUGCGGAACCCCAACCUUUUUAUUGUAUUUUGCUUUUUCUUUCAACGGCGUUUUUUCAGUCUAGUGUGUGCGAGUAUUUCUAACAGUUUGGCACUGCAAUUGAGAAUUAUUUUUACUGAUUCUUUGUUCUUUUGCUUUUUUUUUUUUUUUUUUUUUUUUUUU